CCUCAUCUCUGCGCUUCCACACUUUGGCGCGCAAACAGUCUCUCAUGGAACAUAGAGAUAAAAGAAAGAAGAGAGAAUGGCAUUGAACCGGACGUUACUAUUACAACCAUCUUCGUUAUCUACGAGGAGAACAACGAGGAAAUUUGUCUGUAUUAUACCCAAAAUCCCAUUCUCAAACCUGAGAAUCCCAUCUCUGGCCCCACCAUCUUCCACAAAUCGGUGCUUGCAGUUGUGAUGCUCGGUGGAUCACAAGGACCCGCAGCAGUACAGUAACAACACCCAGGUGGCGUAUCCGAAGCCCACGGAGAUCCCGUGGAGUAAGGAGCUCAGCAACACGGUGAAUCUCAUCGGCAUUGUCGGCACCCCAUCGAGAUCAAACACUUACCCACUGGCAAAGUCCUUGCUGGACGCGCCUCGCCCUCAAGAAGUCCGCCUCUCUCACCUCCUGGAUAAAUAUGACAUUUUGGGAUGAGCUAGCGCAUAGUUCUUUUCAACAUGUGGAGAAGGGCCACCAAAUAUAUGUCUUGGGCCGGCUCGUCAUAGAUAUAGUUGAAAGUGAAGAUGGAAAACAGCAGAUCUACUACCAGAGGCAAGUCCCUAUAUAUAGUUUGUUUGGCCCUUUCAAUUAUGAUUGUUUUAGCUUUUUUGCAGGUAAUUGUUCAACAACUUAAUUUUGUUGUAAGGAGCCUCUCAUCCUCGCCUUUGUAUGAUCAUGACUCUGAUUCCAUGACUGGAGGUAAAAAGCUUGGAAAUAUUGCUGCAAGUAAUGUGGGUUCUGUCAAAGAAUUAUGGCAACCCUUCUUUGCUAAUCCAGUGGAUUGGUGGGAUAAUAGGAAGAACAAGAAGAACCCAAAAUAUCCAGAUUUUAAGCACAAAGAUACUGGAGAAGCUUUGUGGGUUGAAGGCAGGUACAAUCCGCCAUGAGUGAAGUCCCAACUGGCAAUACUGGAUACACAAAUGGGGUCCCUCUAUGAUCAGGAUGCUAGGAUUGAUGCAAAUAUAGUGGCUGGUGAUAAAAUUUUGCCUUUCUAAAUGCUUAUGAUGCUGAUCUUUAGGUUUGGUCCUGAUGGGGCAGUUUCUCUGUAUAUUUUUCUCCUUUUGGCAGAUAAGCCGGAAGAUCUCCGGAGAAAGUGUUGAAAGUUUGCAGUCUACAGUGUGGUUUUUACAUGAUAUGCAAAUUAUAUAAGUCAGUCUGUAUUUAGUUCCCUGGGAGGCUAUGAUGAUGUUUGGGUAUUGGUGCUAAUGGGACAGUUUCUCUGUAUAUUCUUCUCCGUUUAAUGCUAGCAGUUUACUUGAAAAAAUAGAUUGGCUGGUCUCCCAUUUCUGUUCUUGCAAGCAGCCAGAUUACUUUUUAACCCUGGAAGGUGGACUUUCAGAUUCAUUUGAACAAAAUAUCAUUUAUUCUGCUUGUUGCUUGUUCAUCAACAAUUACAUUUUUGAGGAUAAUCGUUGGGUCCAAUGUUGGUGCAAUAAGGGGACAAUGAUUGCCUUCACAAAUGGUGUUAGUAAUUAUAUCCGUCAA